AUGGUUGUACGUUCUCGCAUCAGCGCCAAACAAUCUCUUGGUGGGUCUCGGGCGAACGAUUACUGUGAGUGGGUUUGGGAUGCGGCCGUGGUCGCUCAGAUCUAUGGAGCGAGAGAGGGGACAUGCAAGCCUAACCUCGGGUUCCCGGUGAUGGGCUCCGGUCUUGGUUUGCGAGGAGUUCUAGCGCGUUCGAUGAUGUCUGGGAUUUUGUAA